AUGAAAUAUUAUUUUGCGGAAACUGUACCAGCUCAACUUGCUAGCGAUUUUGAAACGUUACAAAAAGUGGAAUUGGACACAUAUAAACAAUUAGUAAUGGCCAGUGUUCGAUUACUGUCGGGAGAUUCCGAAUUAUCAUCAGUUCAACAAUUACAUGAAGCCUUACAUCCACUAUCGGAAUCAUCUGGAAUAUCAACACAAAAAUUAGCAAAUCUCAUACGAUCUAUUACUGUUUUCCUGCAAGGUGUUUUGGGUAACAAUUUAAAACCAGAAUUUAUUGAACAAGAUUGUAAAAAUCUCGGAUUGGAUGAUGAUAAAGCACAAUUGACAUGUCAACUAUGGAAGAAAUAUUUCAUUGCCCUGAGUAGAGGAUUAUUCUCUCAAACACUCUCCAUUCAUCCAUUGUUGGAUUUAGAUUGGAGAUUCGGCGUGACUGCUUCGAGCAGUGAGCUCAAUGAAGUAGGAUCUACAUUUUUACAACUCAAAUUAACGAUUGACGAUGGUGGUAAACGUGACGUAUUUGUGGAAAUGACGCUCCAACAAUUUUAUGAUUUCCUACAUGAAAUGGAGAAGGCACAAUCAUCAAUUGAAUUUUUCACUCAGUAA